CAACGCUACCACUCCAACUCCUUAAAUCAAACUAUCGGUCUUUGAUAUUUAGCACUACCCGUCUCAGUGACAGCAAAAUAAAAAACUACCACUGGUUUUUAGCUGUUAGAUUUGAAGCUCUCGCUCGAGUACCAUUACAGUUCUAUUCGAUCAUUGAUAGAAUCCAGAAAAAAAAAGCCAAUGAAAAAGGAAAUACUGAAUUGCUGCUUGUAGGCUUGUAGCUUUGGUGACGUACACUAGCGCUUAUUUGGUUGGUAUUGGCACUACAUCGCUCUUGAAAACAAAACAAACACAAAAUGCUGUAUUAAACCAGUGGGCAUCUGACAAGGUGUUGAAAACAACAAUCUAUUCCAGAUUUCCGACUUGUUUUGAUUUAGGGUUAGUGUUUAGAAUGAGUGACCAACCAUUUAAAGGGGACCGACACAUGCAUCGCGACAAACUAAAACUAAUCUUAUUUGACUGGCUGAAAGAAAAGGGGAUCUUAGGUGAACUACAAGCAUUUCUCAGAAUGAAGAUGGUUGAAAAACUUCAGCAAACCCAAUUAGCAUCAGCUUCUAAACAAGCCCAGUUUUCAGCAAAAGACAAUGCUAUUAAUAUUAUGGUCUAUGAAUACCUCAAGCAUCACAAUAUGUUUUACACCUCAUCAGUCUUUGCUAGUGAAUGUUCCUCUAUUCAGCAAACCAGUCUGGAGAGUGUAACUGCAUGGGAAGAUAUUUUGAAAAUUUUAGGUCUAAGCAACUGUGAUAAUAUGACACCAAACAGUUCCCGGGAUGAGAAAGCAUGUUUGCUCAAUCAUGUAUUAGAUGGCCUUGGGAUAAUGCACAACAAGAAACAUGAAAGUAAAUCAUGUCAAUGUAAUAUCGGUAGCAACACAAGAAAACUCCUAUUGAAUGCACAGUCACAAACAUCAGAUGCUGCUCAAAAGACAACAAACACACAACUUAUCCAGACUGUUCCCUGUGUGCGUCAUGCGGAAACGCAAACUGAGGAUUGUUUUACAACCGUGCAGCGCAUGUCUGUUGAUGUGAGUGACGAAAUGUUAGAACUACAGAAAAAGUUGGCAAAAUCUCAAUCGGCACUUGAAUUGUGUCAAUUGAAGUUGCAACAUUCGGAGGACAAAAUCGAAUAUCUGACGACAAACAAAAACGAGUAUAUUGCUGAAGAAGAUAUUACGUUCCUGAAAUUAGCGCCAGCGCAUCAAAACAAACGAAAUCGAACAGUCUGUCAUAAAAGAAUCCAAGAAGCAUGUCGUUUUCUCAAUCACCUUGACGGCCGCCUUGAAUUUCUAGAUAGAAAAUAUCAAAAGGUCACUCGACAGACCCCUGACCAAAAUAGUUUAGCUCUAACCUGAUGCAAGAGUUUCGUCGUUGAAGAAUUAUCGAACGCGUAAAACAAAACGUCCCAUUUAGAACAAUCUAUUUUUAUGCCCCUAUUAUACUUAAAUACACUGCUGAUAAUUA